UUUUCCAGCCUUCAAGAACGAGAGCCGUUUUAUCUUAAAGGCCCAGAUGUCAGCGUUGGGCCUGGCCAUUACGAAAAGGAUAGUGAUAAGAAGAGCACAGAGAUAGAUCCUAGUAGUUUAUACACCACUAUUGAUAAAUCGUCUUAAAAAGUAGCAAAACAAGGAGAGCAAAUAGUAACUCUGUUUUCAAGAGUAAGUCUAAAAGAAUACCUGAUAACUACAAUUUUAACCCUGGGCCUGGCUACUAUACUGAGUCUGCCAACUUGAUGAAAUCAAAUAUUCUUCCUGAAGAUGGUGACCCAAGGUAUUACCAAGUCAUUGAGAAUGGCAUCCGGUUUACGAAAGUUCAGCCCUACGCCAGUGAUAAGGUAAACCGAUGGGAUUACACCAAUAUCCCAGAAAUAGGCAUGCAGAAGAAGGAGGUUAAAAACCGUGAGGAUAUUGACUCUAAAGCUCUUGAAAUAAAGCACAGGAGAAAUAUCCCAAAAUACAGGUCUCAGAACAAGAAGCGUGAGAGGUCUUAUGAAACAGCCCCUUCCAUCCCUUCUGGACAUAACAAGAUGCUCUUCGUCUCUGAAAAUGAAUCUGAAAAAGACGAUGAAGUCCUGAGUAAAUCAAGUAAGGCAAAGAAUCCCAAAGUUAGCUUGAUUGCUGAAGAUGAGAUCAAAGAAGUUGGACCUUUCAGUUAUAAUCCUAAUGUCAAUAAAAUCAAGAAGUCUAACCAAGCUGUUGGUUGGUCAUUAUCAAAAUCUAAAAGAAUAGGUUUUAACGAUAAUAAAGACCCAGAAAUUGGCCCAGGAAAGUAUGAAAAUACUAGCAAUAAUAUUGGACUUUCAGGGAUGGUAGAUCCUAUGAAAGGUACAGCACAGAACUUCCAGAACCAAAGCUCCAUUUUUAAAUCCAAUGUUGAAAGACUUUCUUACAUGGACCCUAAGAUUAAAACUUUCAUGGGGGGAAAGUUGAUGAAGAGCAGGCCCAGCGCUAAAGCUCUUGAGCAGUCUAAGUCUAAUAUUGUCCGUGUGCCUGAAAUUUCACCAGGUCCUGGAGAUUACAUGGGGCCAGAGAAGACAUCCACUUUUAAUGUAGAGACUAAGCCUCAGCAUCUGCAAUACUUCGGAUCAACAGAAGAUAGGGUUCCUUUCUACAAUAGAGAUAAACCAAAGAAUGAUAUCAAUAUUGACUUCAGAGGGCCAGGAUGCUAUAACAAUGAACACUUAAAUAUAGCUAAAGUGAGUCCGAACCAGAAUCACAAAGGCCAUUCUGCAUCCUUCGCUUCUGGAAGACAUCAGGAUCUACUUUUUGCUGGAAACCAAAACCCUGCUCCAGGAGAUUACAAGUCUCCAACAGAUAUGAACAAGAUUAAUGGAAAUGUUUGGAGCAAGAACUCCACAUUUGGUCUCACAGAGAAGAGAUUUUCUGAUAUAAUCUCAGAAAAUCCAGGCCCUGGAAGUUACACGACAGUAAAAUAAGAACAAGAGGAAAGGUGUAAGCAACCACAUGUUCAAAUCAGGGACCAAAAGAAGUGUCUUCAACUUACAUAAAGUCGGAAGACAAGAGAUGACAAACCUGCAAGAUUACAAGUCAAUAUCUAGCGAGAUUAAUAAACUGUCAGGAGGUGCUCCGAACAACUUUACAGUGCUCCAGAAUGAAAAGCUAAUAAUGCCAUUUAACUCAUGUUCUCCUCGCUUCAAAGAUGCGAAUCCCACUCACUUAAGUACUUCUCCAGCGCUUGGCCCUGGGUAUUAUCCUGACCAAGUGAGACAACUGAAAGCUCCUCUUAAUGACAACCUCUCUUUUGGACGGAGCAAGAGAUUUGCAGAUUCCAAGAAGACCAGCCUAGGGCCUGGACAAUACAACAAUCACAAGAAGACAACCUGGGUGAAAUAAUUCAAUCUUCCCAUA